GAAAAAUAGUAUAAUUUUCACGAAAGUGGAAAGGAAACACGGGAUAAAAUGGUUUCAUGGGGGAACCGUGGGACGUUGGUGGACUAAAAGAGAAAACAAUAUGGCCGACAAGAAUUGGCUAAAUUCAGUAAAUUGUGUUGUUUGCGGGAAAAAAGACAGAAUUAUGAAACGUUGUGGAAGAUGUCAGUCGAUAUUUUACUGGUAUUAUCUCUUUGUUUUUAAUUAAAAAAUAUUCAUACUCUAUUUUAUUACUUUCACCUGAAACCCUUGGCUAAAUAAUAAAAGCCAAAAAUACAGACGGUCGUACUAAAUAGUCUAAAUACUGCCCGGGAGUGCCCGGGGACGCCCUGAAGCGCCCGGGAGCGCGUGAGAACGCCCGGGGAUAUACAAGAUAGUAUAAAUCAGUGCACGAUCCUUUUUGAGUCUCUAUGAGGCAUUAUAUUAAUGAAAAAUAAUAUUUUAAAAAAGUGAUUUUCAACCAGCCUAGCAACAAGCGGUAAAAGCGCGGUCGCCCACGCAGGAAGUUUUGUGAAACAUGAGAUUAUAUUUAUUAUAGAUGUAAAUAUUUGCUGUUAAAAUAAAGUUAAAGUUAAAAUAAAAAAUUAAGACUGGUCAGUUUGUUUUAAUAAUAUAUCAACUGCUGAGAACAAGUCAAUUGUCGUUUGGCGGCGUUAAGAUUACCGAGAUCUAUGACAAGUCAAAAACAAACUAAGUCUAAAAAGAUAAGAUGAAAGACUAAAAUAUAUCCUAAACUAUACUUUAGAGUAGAUAAAAAGCAUUAAUAGAGUAGAUAAACACUAUAUUUUACUAAUAUUUAGGCUGAAAAACUGCGUUUUUGUUUACGCGGAAUGGUUUUAUGAGUUUAUAUGACGCUAAUUUAAUUAGUAAUGACUAAUGUUUUCUUUUUGGCCUAAUCUUAAUGACAAAAAUUUUUCGAACGCCGCCAAACGACAAUUGACUUGUCCUCAGCAGUUGAUAUAUCAAAACAAACUGACUAGUCUUAAUUUUUUAUUUUAACUUUAGUUUAAUUUAAUAACAGCAAAUAUUCACAUUUAUAAUAAAUAUAAGCUCAUGUUUCACACAACUUCCAGCGUGGGCAACCGCGCUUUUACCGCUUGUUGCUAGGCUGGUUGAAAAUCACUUUUAAUAUUAUUUUUCAUUAAGAUAAUGCCUCAUAGAGACUCAAAAAGGAUCGUGCACUGAUUUAUACUAUCUUGUAUAUCCCCGGGCAUUCUCACGUGCUCCCGGUCGCUUCAGGGCGUCCCCGGGCGCUCCGGGCAGUAUUUAGUAGGACCCAAUACAGAUGCAUUUUAAAAACAAUGAAAAUUAAAGAUUUGAGGGCAGAUUCAUUUAAAGAACAAAUAUUGUUAAUAUAAAGUACACCUCACGAUAUGUUCUGCUUUGAAAAAUAUCAAGUGUGCACGACGUUGACAUCGUUGACCUUGACGAAGUCUGCAGUCCAGCUACCAUAGUGGAAAGUUCGUCUGUUACGCCGGAUAUAUUCGGCGUAGGAUUUUACGGAUUACGUCAAAUUUGGAGUAAUACUAAAUCAAAUGUUUGGUAUAAAAUGUUGUCGUGGCGUAAAGCGUAUAUAACGGUAUAAGUGUUGUCCGUGUGUGUCGACGGUGUGGCCGGUGGCAUUUUGUGGCGUUCUUAAUUUCUGGCACAGUGGCACAAUUGUCGUUCUAAAUUUCUAAUGUAUUAUAAAACGCCAUGAAAACUUUGUGUUUGAAAUAAUUUAUGAUAAUAAAUAUUCAAUUGACAAAAUAUUGUAUAAAUAAUUUUGCCGGCAAAUUUUACGCGUACGGCAAACUGUCGCGCAAAAAUCUACACAGACGCAUAUUCCUUUCAGUCACAGAUGAUACAUUAUACAAUCUAUAUUCUAUCAUCUGUGUUUCAGUGCUACAAAUAUCAUGCUUAUUCAUGCGCUUUUUUUAAAAAAAAUUUCGACCAUUAUCAUAAAUAUUGCCCUUUGGCUGCUUUGAGCAGUAUGAAUGAAUCCCUGGAAGGGAAAAACAGAGUCCAGAGUGAGUGGUAAAAUCACUCGGUCGGGUGGUAAUGUUUGCUGUCGUAAUCAAUCCCCCAUGGGAUUGAUUUUUUAGUGCAAGUUUACUGGUGCAUAUAUCCAGCGGGCAAAUUACGAACUUUCCACUAUGGUCCAGCUAGACCAUGUUUAGGAACCAAUAAUGCCCCCUGGCAAGGUUCAGGGGUUUUAUUGUGACAUGAUAUAUUGCCCUAUCAUUUGGAAGGAUGGAUUUGAUUUGUUAUCAAAUUGUACCCCUUCCCUCAUUUGCCAAGGGGUGUGGUAGAGGCAUGCCAAAGGUAUGCCAGCACUUGAACAAGGUCAUGCCAAGACAGUUGAAAAUGCCAUGAUAAAUUGAAAAUGCUAUGCCAAGCUUUGCCAUGGGCACAGGCUACUGCUAUUGUAAUUGUUCCAGUAUCACAAAGUGUUCAUUUAUUAAAACGUGGGAAGAACAGGAUUUACACCAGUAAGCUGUAUGCCUAAAACUAUUCAUCAUAGGUAUAUUGUUGGGAGAAUUUCUAAAGUCCUUGACAAACAAGCUCAGCAUAUUGCAUUAAAAAGGCACCCUAUUAAAGGCCAUGAGAAUUUAUUAUUUAAGUUUCUGAUUUGCAUGCGUUGUAAUUUUUUCAAACUGCAUGUGUUUUUUUUUUCAUUUAACCAUGUUAGAAUUUAAGUAUGUUUUUCAGUUCUGUAGAGUGUCAAAGAAUCGACUGGGUGACACAUAAAGCCAAUUGUUGCAUGUACAUUAGUAGUAAAAUGCACGAAUCUGGUGAUGACCAUGAUGAUGAUAACACAGUCACAAUGAAGCUAGACAAAACACUUGAUGCCAAUGAUACCAUAGGGCAAACAACUGGAAGAAAAUGCAACACUGUGAACUAUAAAAAUAAACUCCAAGAACUUGCACAAAAGGAAAAUGCAGAGCAGGAUUUACAUAAACCCUUAGUGGAAAAUUGUCAGUUCACUUCACAAAUCAACUUAGAUCCUUCAGAAAGCUUCCUAAAUCAUGGUGUCCGAGACAUAAGCUUAGUAAAAAGCGCUCAUACAGUUAAACAACAAACAGAAAUCGUAGAAGAAAUAACAAAACUUAAAGAGAAUGAAAAAUCAGUUGUUUCACAUGUUGUUUCAUGUUCCCACAAUCAGAUGCCCACAACCUCCCAGGACGAUAUCUCUAAUGUUGUUGUGUAUGUUAAAUAUGCGAAAAAAAAGCAUAAAGUCGAAUUAGGUUUGCCUUGCACUGGUCUGCAAGUGCUAGAACAUUUUUCUCGCGUUCUGCAUGUUCCUAUAGGAAGAUUGAAACUGAUACACAAAGGCAAAUUACAAACAGAAUUGACCAUUUUGGGGAGACUGAAACCAAAUGCAGUUUUCCUCGCAUUUGGCGAGAUUGCUGAAAGUGAAGACGGUUUGGAACCUGAAGACAUUGAACUGAUCAUGAAGCAGUUAUCUGUAGAAAGGAAUGUUGCUAUUAAAGCACUGCGAAAAACAAAUUGCCUCGUAGACGCGAUAUUUGAAAUAGGCAAUGACAUGUAAGCUAGAAGAGUUUUGUAUCAAAAAUCAGUUUUCAAUUCUAACUUUUUUCUUGUCUUUCAAAUAUUUUAUGAGCC